UCAGCUUUCUUGCUGGGGCAGGGAACAGUGCUCAUCCUGUCUGUGACCUGCCCUGAUAGCACCAGAGGCCUCACCCCUGACUCAUUCACAUAUUUUAAUACCAAAGGAUGAUCUUGGGUUUAAAAUGGUACAUGGGACCUGAGGGUGUAGCUCAGGGUAGAGUGCUUGCUAAACAUGCAUGAAGCCCCGGGUUCAGUCUCUAGCAAAAGAUAAACAAACUGUCACUGCCAGAAAGAGAGGGUGGCGUGCGCUGUGGGUUCUGUCAUCCCUUGUGCACACUUGCAGCAGCACAGAGGUGGCGAGGGUACGCAUGCACUCUGCUUCCCCUGCCUCUCACCUGAAAGUGCUUCAUCAGCAGCAUUUUGAAAAACUCCAGCCCUCACCCUAGUGGUAAGAGCGUUCUGUGGAGGAGACAGGCAAGAAGCUAGGGGAAUGAUCUGUCAGGUGGCCCACUGUGGCUUGAUUUCUGAUGGGCUGUCAGAGGCCCACAGGCUUCUAGGAUGGAGGAGCUGGCAGGAGCCUGUGGGCAAAAGAGUAGCAGGUGCCUGUGCGAGGGGCCUGAUUUGUGGGGCCUGCCCACCAGGGCUGUGUGGGGCACCCCUCGGGAUGUAGUGGUGCCACGCAUUGAGGCCAUGCUUGCUGCUUGAUGGAAAACGGAGACAGGAGAGAAGCACGCAGCCUUGGGGUAAUGCUGGUGGAGUACCUCUACUCGCUGGUCUACCAGGCUCUCGAUUUCAUCUCUGGCAAGAGGCGAGCCAAGCAGCUCUCCUCAGCACAGGAAGAUGGGGCCAAUGGGACCGCCAGCUUGGAGGCCCCCCAGGAGGCAGAGGAUGAGUUCCUAUCGCUGGACGACUUCCCUGACUCCCGUGCUAAUGUAGAUCUGAAGAACGACCAGGUGCCCAGUGAGCUUCUUAUUGUCCCUCUCUUGCCCAUGGCCCUGGUGGCCCCUGAUGAAGUGGAGAAGAACAGCAGCCCUCUGUACAGCCACCAGGGUGAGGUCCUGGCUAGCCGGAAGGAUUUCAGGAUGAACACGUGCACCCCUCACCCCAAAGGGGCCUUCAUGCUAGAGCCAGUGGGCAUGUGCCCCAUAGAGCCUGUGGGCACGUGCACCAUACCAAGAAACCAGAAGGAUGCCAGGAGGGCCGAGGAGCAGCCAAUGGACGUCUCUGGGUGCCGGAAUUCUGUCACUGUGCUUGACUUCUCCCAGCAGCCAGGCACCGCUCCAGAAGGCCUAGCGCCCAGCAGUGGAGGUGAGGAGGAGGAGGAGGAGGUGGCGGAGGCGGCGGCGGUGGUGGUUGACACAGUAGAACUCCCAGAGGCCAGAGCCCCCAAGGCCACAGUGGAGCCUGAGGAGCCCAGGAGCCCCCACCAGAGUGCCGUCCUGACCAGGAGGUACAUGUUGCGGGAGCGGGAGCGAGCCCCGGACCCCAUGUCCCGGCUAAAGGAGACCCCAGACCCUUGGCAGAGCCUAGACCCCUUUGACUCCUUGGACUCCAAGCCCUUUAAGAAAGGCAGGCCGUACUCUGUGCCCCCUUGUGUGGAGGAGGCUCCAGGACAGAAGCGCAAGAGGAAAGCCACUGCCAAGCUACAGGACUUCCACCAGUGGUACCUGGCCACCUAUGCUGACCACGCUGACAGCAGGAGGCCCCGGAGAAAAGGCCCAACUUUUGCAGACAUGGAGGUUCUGUACUGGAAGCAUGUGAAGGAGCAGCUGGAGACCCUCCGGACAUUGCAGAGGCGGGAGAUAACUGAGCGGUGGCUGCCUAGGGCUGAAGAGGGCCUGUGGCCUGCAGAGGAUGACCACCUAGAGGAUGACCGCCUGGAGGAGUCCUUGGAAGACCUGGGGGCAACAGCAGACGACUUUCUGGAACCUGAAGGGUAUGUGGAGCCCGAGGAGGCAAAGCCUGGCGAGGCUGCUGACCUGGAGGCAGAGGCCAUGCCAGAGUCCCUGAGCUACGAGGAGCUGGUUCGAAGGAAUGUGGAGCUCUUCAUCGCCAACUCCCAGAAGUUUGUCCAGGAGACAGAGCUGAGCCAGCGCAUCAGGGACUGGGAAGACACCAUCCAACCCCUGCUCCUGGAGCAGGAGCAGCAUGUGCCCUUUGAUAUCCACACGUACGGGGACCAGGUGAUCUCACGAUUCCCCCAGCUCAACAAGUGGUGUCCCUUUGCGGAGCUGGUGGCAGGCCAGCCUGCCUUUGAGGUGUGUCGCUCCAUGCUGGCCUCCCUGCAGCUGGCCAAUGACUACACGGUGGAGAUCAGCCAACAGCCAGGGCUGGAAGCAGCUGUGGACACCAUGUCUCUGAGACUGCUCACUCACCAGCGAGCCCACAAGCGCUUUCAGACCUACAUGGCUCCCUCCAUGGCCCAGCCCUAAGCAGAAGGUGUGAUGGGAGGGUGGGCCAGUUCUCGCUGUGUGCUGAGAGCUUGCUUCUGCCUCCUGGCUGGCCCAGCCUAAUAAAAGUUGUGUUGCCAUCUCA